AUGAAAGCACCCGACUCUUUCUGGAACCUUGGUUUCUGGUGCGACUUCCACCGAGACCACGGUCACAAAACAGAGGACUGUGUCGCACUAAAGAUCGAGGUCAAUGAACUACUUAAGAAAGGACACCUCAGGGUGUUCCUUUCCGAGAAGGCCAAGGUCCAUCUAAGCAAGGAGACAACGGGAAAGCCCACUGAAGCUGCUCUUGUCUCGCCACCUCGACCGGAUCGAGUGAUUCAUGUAAUAUCGGGCGGUUCGGAGAUCAGCGGGAUAAGCCAUGCAGCCGCGAAGAAAAGCAACUGGAACGCCAAGCACGGCCUAGAGGCAGCCAAGCCAAAACGCCUGCUUCUAGGCACAGACGAAAUAAGUUUCACGGCCAAGGAGCAGGAGAAAGUUCUCACCCCACAUCAUGACGCCCUGGUCAUAUCUUUCACUGUAGUGAAAUGCCUGGUGAAAAGGAUACUGGUAGACAAUGGAAGCUCCGGCAACAUUAUCUUCCAGGCCGCAUACAAGGAUCUGGGGUUGGAGGAAAGCGCUCUAACUCGGAGGAUAACCCCGCUUAUAGGGUUCAGCGGAGAAGUCAAACAAACCGCUGGAGAGGUGACCCUUCCCGUAUACGCUGAAGGGAUCGACAUGUUAACCAAGUUUCUCGUUGUUGACUGUGACUCGUCCUACAAUAUGAUCCUAGGACGGCCUUGGAUUCAUGGCAUGGGAGCCGUCCCUUUGACUCUUCACCAGAAGGUGAAAUUCCCUACACCCUGGGCAUAA